GGUUUGUUUGUAAUUCACUAAAAUAUAGGAUUCAAUUCCUACCCACUUAGAACCUUUUUAAUAUAUGCACUAUGGCUAGUAGGUUUUUGUUUUUAUUACUCAGGAAUCUCACGGGUCCUACUGAAUCUAAAGACCAUCUGCAAUCAAAUUCGGCUGGUUGGCUUCAACGAGAUGAAAGGUGGAUGUUUGUUUAGUUUGUGCUGAUGGCAAUAAAAUUGGCAAAAAAUUAUUUAGUCAUAUCUUAUAUUAAAUUUCAAUUGAAUUAUGAAAUAAAUAAGCGUUGGGUAAUUAUGCUUUAACAAAUUAUUUUGAUGCAAAUAACUAAUAUUAGAAACAAAAUAGUCUGACUCUAAAAGUCAGAAUGGAGACAACUAUUUAUGUCGCUAAUAACUAAUGAAUGAAUCUGGGCUGCUUCCAGCUAUGAUGGAGCACCGGAGGCGCAGGCUACUCACUACUGGGCGAUGCGUAGAUGCGGACGCGGCUACUGGACGGUGGGAUGUGGUGGCGAGUGGAGGUGGCCGGCGAGUGCGGUGGGAGAGAGACGGAGGUGGUUUGACGCAGCCCGCAAGUCAGGCCGUCGCCGUCGCCCGUCAGGGAACGACGAGUCGCGGUGGCCGGUGUCUUGGUCUCUGGACUCUAGGAGAGAUCGCCGAAUGGGAGCUCGGGCGACGAAUACUUUUCUUUCCUUUUCGAUUUCGGUAUCAGCUGGGUUGUAUGGUAGCCUAGGGUUACAAGCUGGCAGCGAAUGAGAUGUCGAGAUUGGAAAUUGGGAAGGAAUUGAGUCUGUUUCUAUUAGGGUGGGUAAGUGGAAGAAUGGAGUUGGGUUGGGUGGGCAUUGGGCUAUUAGAGAAUGGGCUGAGGGUUGUAAAAUUGGGCUGGGUUGGGAACUUGGGCCUGGGAGUGGGCUCUGGGCAGAUCACAUAUAGGUUGAAAAUUCAGAAAUUCGGUCGGAAAUUCGAUUGUUCGGUUCGGUUCAAAAGAAGGUGUCUCCCCAAAUAUGGUCUAUUUCAGUCCGAUUUCUAAACCUAAUGAGGAGAUGGGAUGGCUUGCUAACUACAUAGGCAGUUAGUACGGUGAUAACUCACCUCAUCACCACAGAAAUUGAUAUGGCCCAAUCCAACGGGCCGGGUCUGGCGCUGAGGGUAUUUUGGAGAAAUAAACAUUAUAGCUUACGUCAUCACGCGGAAUUAUGCCUAGGGUGUGCGGAUUUUGCGGGUGGAAUCUCAACCGUACCUUUGCUUUUCAUGGUCUUUCCUUUUUGUUUUCUUUCCCUUUUCUUUUCCGGUCUCUUUCAUCAAUCGAGAACCCAAUCGGAAGAAUAGUGGACGCGCACCCCAUCUUUGCGUUCGUUUUCUGCGUCUCCAGAUCUCGCCUCGCCAUCUCAAAAGUCAGGUUCGUCUAAGUCGCCGUAGUCCCGUAGCGUUCAGGUCCUCUCUCCUUCGGCGAACCUGCUGCCGUCGCCUUCCUCGUCCUCAGAUCAGUCGCCUACUUUUUGAUCCGGAGCCAUCGUUUCAUGCGCCGGAGUCGCCCUUGCCUUAGCUCACUUCUCAUGCGCCAAUCUAGUCAGCGCCACGCUCAUCUUAGUCCACCCUAGAUUCCAUAAGUUCUGUCGCCGAAGUUGGAGGUGGUUUCUCUUUUAUGGCUUAUCCGACUCGCAAGUUGCUCACGGUUUCCGUCAUUUUUCUCCAACUCGUUUGUCGAUUGGAGGAUGGGUUUUUGGAUUUGGUCUAUUACUCUUUUGUUGUUUUAUCGGGUAGUUAUCAUAAAUGUUAACAAAACUAUUUACUUUGU